CACCACAGAGCGUAACUUCGACAUCAGCCGCACCUGUGCCGAUGCAAACAUAAAAGAGGGACGAAAGAUCUCGCGAGCGAACAAGCUAAGCAAUCUCAAAAUCCAGACCCCAAAGCUUGUCUUGAAUCUUGUGCAGUCAAGCCGUCAUUGGCACCUCAAACAAGCACUCCGGACUCCCUCACGUCAGCCGAAGCGCUUGUUCGCUCCGUUGCACCAUUCGAAGCCCGUGUCAACAACUGUCUCGACAUUAUAAAAUACAACAUGCCCGCCGGGACGAUCAGCUCCGCCUCUUCGGUCAAGUCACUGCUUUCAACCGCGUCUAAUGAUUCUGGGAAGAGCGAGACAUACUAUGUUGCAAAACGACCCUCGAUGCUCAUGCGGCUAUCCUCCAAACUAUCGCCUAUGAAGUCACUCUCCGAGAUAGAGAUCACCUAUGGCUUUGAGCCAAGAGAAACCAGUGGUCAGUGAACGAUGUUGGGAUCACGUUGCUGUUCAGCAAUGGUAGCCGCGAUGAAACGAGUCCCAAAUCUUGGCUGCUUGAAGUCAAAAGAUGGCUUUGCAACGCACUCUUCUACCAGCGAUUGGCUUUCUUGUACCUUUAGGCGUUCCGGUUUAUGGUCUUGUGAUUAUGGCGCUGGAUAGUAUCGUUAAACGAGUUCGGACCACUGUACAUUUAAGUUUGGUCACGUCAAGAGUAUCACAGUCAAGUAGAUAUGCCACGUCGCCUUAGAUUUCACUACGAAUAGAAGUUCUAUUUUGAAAUCAACA